AUGGAGACGGUGCCCGCCGCCGGCAGGGACCGGCUGAGCCAUCUUCCGGACUGCCUGCUGCACAUCGUGCUGUCGUCCCUCCGUUCCCGGCAGGCGGUGCAGACUUGCCUGCUGUCGCGGAGGUGGAGGCACCUGUGGCGCCUCGUGCCGUGCCUCGACGUCGACCAGCGGGACUUCCUGCUAUCGGUCGAUCGCGAUCGGGAGCCCGAUUUCCCCGGCCGCGGCGCUUCCGAUGUUUACAAAAAGGCGCGGAAGGAGAGGCUCGACACGGAGAUGAAGCGGCGGCGCAGCUUCGAGGACUUCGCCGACUCCGUGCUACCCCUCAACGGCACGUGGCCGCUCGACGCGUAUCGACUGCACGUCUCCGAGCGGGAUCUCCGCGAGGCCUCGUCCCGGUGGAUACGCCGCGGACUAGCGCGCCGCCCGGUGGAGCUUUCCGUCGCCUACGGCUACGUAACUCACCACGAGUAUCCGUGGCAUUAUUCCUUCGACUUCAUCUCCGCCGGCGGCGGUGCGCUGCACCUCACCAGCCGUCUAAGGAAGCUGCACCUUUCCGGAUUGACCCUAUCGCGAAAAUUCGCCGAGGAACUCAGAUCCGAGUGCCCAGUCCUGGAAGACUUGAAGCUCGUCGACUGCGAGCACGACCACCCCAUCGCCUCCCUCACCCUCAAGAGGUUGCACAUCGAGGGGCGCUACCACAGCGACAGCUACAGCUACAGCUACAGCUACAGGAGCUUCGGGUCAUUAGACCCUAUCGCCGUGCCUGCCCUUGUUUCCUUGAACCUCCACAUGGUCUGCCUGCCGGAUAGUGAAGAUGAGUUUCAGUCCGUUGCCGUGGCAUCCAUCACAUAUCCAUGUUACGACGCCAGCAACCGUUUCUUGAAAUCCCUGCGCAAAGCCAGUGUCUUGGAACUACGGAGUUUUACCACAACGGGACUGCUCGAGGAUGAACCCCAAGAAUUCCGCCAGUUCCAUAACCUCAGGACCUUGAUCCUCAUAGAGUGUGACAUUGGAGAUGGAUGCCAGGUGUUGAGGUACAUCUUAGAGAACGUCCCAAAUCUCAAGAGGCUUGUGCUGAAAGAUUGCAAGACCUCAGGGCGUUAUAGGGGGGAAUCAGCUACCAGUUUCAGUGGUGGUACAGCAUUCCACGGGUGUGACAAGCUCAAAUAUAUACAGUUUCAAGUAUAA